UGACGCAACUAUGCCGCGACAUUAAACGAGAAAGGACCCUGUGUUAACUGGCGUGGAAAAACUUCAUGUGGUUUUCACUGGUGGAAGCAGCCAGUGUGUUCUCUGUAAAUUAUGCUAAGAAAGCUGCCGGCCGUUUAUUGUACGAUGGAGUGAGGAAUAACAGAAGUAAACUGAUUACGGAAGCCAUCGGUGCUGACAACAGCCAAGUCAGAUGCAUUAAGGCAAUUGAAUCACUUGGCCGGUGGAAGAUAAAUCCCAAACGUGGUUUAACGACUUGCUGUAAUAUUCUGGGAUCCGGUCGGCAUAUCGGACAGCUAUAUACAGGCAGACACUCAGGGUUUCGAUUAAGGGAGAUGGACUCUAAUGAAAUACCAAAGGCGUUAACUGAAAGUAACGCUGAAUCAGAACAUACUGGAAGCAGUCUGAGUGUAAAGGAGAGCGGUGAGAAACGUAAAAGCGAUGAGACUGAUGAGCCGGGGAAAAACUGCCGUGGAAAGAGGAGAAGAGGAGGGGGAGGUAAAAACCUUCGUCCGGGGGAAAGAUACGUACCUCCACCUCAGAAAUUAAACCCCGGCGUUAGCUUCAGCGAAGAGCAUUUUCGGGAGACCACUUACUACUUCGAAGGUGGCCUCCGCAAAGUGCACCCGUAUUACUUCGAUUUUAAAACUUACUGCAAGGGCCGCUGGAUCGGGAAAACCCUCAUGGAGGUUUUCAGCAGCGAGUUCCGGGCGGAGUCACUGGAUUACUACAAGCAGGCUGCCCUUCAAGGACGCAUUCGUCUUAACGAGACACCCGUGGACGACCUUAAUAUCACUUUAAAGAACAAUGACUUCCUGAGGAACACAGUCCACCGGCACGAACCUCCUGUGAGCUGCCAGCCUUUGAAAAUCCUGGAGGACAAUGGCGAGGUGCUGGUUGUGGACAAGCCGUCCUCACUGCCAGUCCAUCCCUGUGGUCGCUUUCGUCACAACACAGUCAUCUUCAUCCUGGGCAAGGAGUUUGGAGUGUGUGGCCUCCACACAGUCCACAGACUCGACCGCCUCACCUCAGGGGUGCUGCUCUUUGCACGCACUCUGGAGGUGUCAAAGAAGUUAGACCAGCUCGUGCGUGACAGACAGAUGGAGAAGGAGUAUGUGUGCCGUGUGACUGGCGAGUUCCCAGAGGGCGAGCUGGUGUGUGAGGAGCCCAUCCUGGUGGUCUCCUUCAAGGUGGGCGUGUGCCGGGUUGACCCCAAGGGGAAGCCGUGUCGGACAGUGUUCCAGAGACUCAGCUGGAACGGCCGGUCCAGCGUGGUGCGCUGCCAGCCUCUCACGGGCCGCACACACCAGAUCCGCGUCCACCUGCAGUUCUUGGGUUACCCCAUCGUGAAUGACCCCAUCUACGGCUCUGAUGCCUGGGGACCCCACCGGGCUAAGGGGGGGCUGGUGGGCAAGACUGAUGAGGAGCUGCUCCGAGCCCUGGUGGACGAGCAUCGCUCCAAGGAGAGCCUGCAUCUCCUGGACCUUCCGGACGAAGUGCUGCCCACUGGUAAGAGUGUUGAGCAAUUGCUUGACCCUGACUGCGGUAUAAGGGACGGAUCUUCUGCUACUUUGCCACCUGACAAUGACCCUUGUGGGAAAAGUGAUGCUUUAAAUAACUGCAAUGUGAAAGAGACAAGCAAGGGAUGUUCUGACUCAAACUCCCCUGAUUUUGAUUCCCAUGAUCAGAAGAAAGCUGAAGAUGGGUCAGUAAACAUAGGCCUGCCUGCAUGCGAGUCGAACGGUGACAGCAGUACAACGGCAGUGCCCACGGGCACACUCCUCACAGCAUGCAUUGCUGGAAAUGAAACAGCAGCUCCAGCCAAAGAGCCUGCCACCCUUGGACCUGCAGAACCCGACCGGGACUCUAGCCCUGUUGGGUCUGUGUCGACUGUGAAAGAUCCUUUGUGUAGUGAGUGUAAGAUUGUGCGGGCAGAUCCCACUGAGGAGGAUCUGAUAAUGUAUCUCCACGCGCUACGAUAUAAAGGUCCCGAUUUCGAAUUCUCCACACGCCUGCCAGACUGGGCCAGAGAAGACUGGGAGCAGGACUGAGCAGGACCCACACUGCCCCUGGCAUGUGCCGUGGUGUGAGAAUGGCUCUGUAGAGGUUUUAUGUUUAAGAACCAAAUCUCUGGAAUUACCCAGAAAUAUAUUAAUAGCAAUAUGGGCUUGAAUAUGGAAGACACUGCAGUCUAAUCCCUUUUCUUUCUUUUUAGACUGUAUAUUUUCCCUGCCUUUCUGUUUUGAAUAAAUAAGUUGGAUUCUGA